AUGGAUCUCAUGAACUUGACAACUGUCGCCGACAGUGGGUUUUUGGAUGAGGCUCCAUCGAGCCGCGUCCUGACGGGCUGUUUCCUCUCGCUGCUCAUCCUCACCACCUUGCUGGGAAACACUCUUGUUUGUGCCGCCGUCACCAAGUUUCGACAUCUGCGCUCCAAAGUGACCAAUUUUUUUGUGAUCUCACUGGCCGUGUCUGACCUCUUGGUCGCCAUCUUGGUGAUGCCGUGGAAGGCGGUGACAGAGAUCACGGGGUUCUGGCCGUUCGGCUCCUUCUGUGACACCUGGGUGGCUUUUGACAUUAUGUGCUCCACAGCGUCCAUUUUAAACCUUUGUGUGAUAAGCUUGGACCGCUACUGGGCCAUCUCCAGCCCCUUUCGCUACGAGAGGAAGAUGACACCCAAAGUGGCCUAUGUGAUGAUCAGUGUGGCCUGGACGCUGUCUGUGCUUAUUUCCUUCAUCCCGGUGCAGCUCAACUGGCACAAGGCCCAAACUAAAUCUUCCACCCCUCUCACUGGGGCACCUGGGUCUUCAGGUUUUAAUGCUACAUCUUAUGCCAGCACAGAGAACUGUGACUCGAGUCUGAACAGGACCUAUGCCAUCUCCACCUCACUCAUAAGCUUUUACAUCCCCGUAGCCAUCAUGUUGGCCACCUACACCCAGAUCUACCGCAUUGCCCACAGACAAAUCAGGAGGAUCUCUGCACUGGAGCGAGCGGCCGAAAGUGCCAAGAACAGACAUGACAGCAUGGGCGGAGGCUCCAGCAUCGCAGAGUCCGAGAGCUCUUUCAAAAUGACGUUCAAGAGAGAGACCAAGGUGCUGAAGACGCUGUCGGUCAUCAUGGGGGUGUUUGUGUGCUGCUGGCUCCCAUUCUUCAUCCUCAACUGCAUGGUGCCCUUCUGCGAGCAGUCGAGCGGAGGGGAGGCUUUCCCCUGCAUCAGCCCCACCACGUUUGAUGUGUUUGUGUGGUUCGGCUGGGCUAAUUCCUCCCUCAACCCCAUCAUCUAUGCCUUCAAUGCAGAUUUCCGCAAGGCCUUCGCCAUCCUGCUGGGCUGCCACAGACAGUAUCCAGGAGGCCACAACAUGGAGACGGUCAGUCUAAACAAGAAAUGA